CGCCUGCAUCACAAAGGCGGCCAGAAGCCUCGGUGGGGCCACCUGAAGCCCCUGCUCUCCGGCCCCUGGGAGCCCUCCCACCUGGCCCCGCGCACGAAACACAGGCCAUCCGGACCCAGCCUUCUGAGACCUGCCCACGGGGGGCGGCCAUUCCUGAGUGACCUGGAGAGACUUGGUGAUGGGGAAGCCUGAAAGCCCAGUAGGGAUGGUGGAGCUUGCCGGCUGGUCGGGACAGAAGCACCGAGGCUUCCUGGAGGGGGGGCUGCUGCUGCUGCUACUGCUGGCGACAGGCGCCCUGGUGGCCCUGGGCCUCCUCUAUGCCACCAACAGCAGAGGGAAGCAGCUGACACUCUUUCCUAGCCGGCUUUGCUUCUCAAAGGAAGAGAAGACCAUUAUAAAACGAAAACCCCGAGCCAUCCAACGGCCCAAGGAGAUGGGCGAAAUCUGCACCAGCCCCGGUUGUGUGAUAGCAGCUGCCAGGAUCCUCCAGAACAUGGACCCGUCCAGGGAGCCCUGUGACGACUUCUACCAGUACGCGUGCGGAGGCUGGCUGCGGCGCCACGUGAUCCCCGAGACCAACUCCCGAUACAGCGUCUUUGACAUCCUUCGAGACGAGCUGGAGGUCAUCCUCAAAGGAGUGCUGGAGAAUUCCACCACCAAGGACAGGCCAGCUGUGCAGAAGGCCAAGAUGCUGUACCGCUCCUGCAUGAACGAGAGCGUCAUAGAGAAACGAGACUCACAGCCCCUGCUGAACAUCCUGGACCUGAUGGGUGGCUGGCCGGUGGCCAUGGAGAAAUGGAAUGACAGCAUAGGCCCCAGGUGGGAGCUGGAGCAGCAGCUGGCGCUGAUGAACGCGCAGUUCAACAGACGCGUCCUCAUCGACCUGUUCAUCUGGAGCGACGACCAGAACUCCAGCCGGCACGUCAUCUACAUAGACCAGCCCACCUUGGGCAUGCCGUCCCGAGAGUACUAUUUCAACCAGGGCAGCAACCGGAAGGUGCGGGAAGCCUACCUGGAGUUCAUGGUGUCGGUGGCCUCGAUGCUGCGGGCGGACAUGAACCUCCCAGAGAACAGCUACCUGGUGCGCGAGGACAUGGUGCAGGUGCUGGAGCUGGAGACGCAGCUGGCGAACGCCACGGCCCCGCAGGAGGAGAGGCAUGACGUCACCACUCUGUACCACCGGAUGAGCCUGGAGGACCUCCAGAACAAGUUCGGCCUGAAGGGAUUUAACUGGACGCUGUUCAUACAAUCUGUGCUGUCCUCUGUCAAAAUCAAACUGCUGCCAGAUGAAGAAGUGGUGGUCUACGGCAUCCCCUACCUCCAGAACCUUGAAGACAUCAUCGACGUCUACUCAGCCAGGACCGUGCAGAACUACCUGGUCUGGCGUCUGGUGCUGGACCGCAUCAGCAGCCUGAGCCAGCGAUUCAAGGAAGCACGGGCCAACUACCGCAAGGCGCUGUACGGCACGACGGUGGAGGAGGUGCGCUGGCGGGAGUGUGUCAGCUACGUCAACAGCAACAUGGAGAGCGCCGUGGGCUCCCUCUACGUCAGGGAGGCCUUCCCCGGAGACAGCAAGGAGGCGGUCAGAGAGCUCAUCAACAAGGUGCGGGCGGUGUUCGUGGAGACCCUGGACGAGCUGGGCUGGAUGGACGAGACGUCCAGGAAGAAGGCCCAGGAGAAGGCCAUGCACAUCCGGGAGCAGAUCGGGUACCCAGACUACAUCCUGGAGGACAAGAAUAAGCACCUCGACGACGAGUACUCCAAUCUGAACUUCUCUGAGGACCAGUACUUUGAAAAUGGUCUUCAGAACCUCAAGGCUGGAGCCCAGCGGAGCCUCAAGAAGCUGCGAGAGAAAGUGGACCAGAACCUCUGGAUCAUCGGGGCGGCCGUGGUUAACGCGUUCUACUCCCCAAACCGAAACCAGAUAGUGUUCCCCGCUGGGAUUCUGCAGCCCCCUUUCUUCAGCAAGGAGCAGCCCCAGGCCCUGAACUUCGGGGGCAUCGGGAUGGUGAUUGGGCACGAGAUCACUCAUGGCUUUGACGACAAUGGCCGGAACUUCGACAAGAAUGGGAACAUGCUGGACUGGUGGAGCAACUUCUCGGCCCAGCACUUCCGGAAGCAGUCGGAGUGCAUGGUGCGCCAGUACGGGAACUACUCCUGGGAUCUGGCGGACAACCAAAAUGUGAACGGCUUCAGCACGCUCGGGGAAAACAUCGCUGACAACGGAGGGGUGCGGCAGGCAUACAAGGCUUACCUGAAGUGGAUGGCCGAAGGCGGCAAGGACCGGCAGCUGCCAGGACUGGAGCUCAGCUACGCCCAGCUGUUCUUCAUCAACUACGCGCAGGCCCGCAGCCACACCCUUCCUGCGCCCACAGGUGUGGUGCGGGUCCUACCGGCCCGAGUUUGCCAUACAGUCCAUCAAGACCGAUGUGCACAGCCCCCUGAAGUACAGGGUGCUGGGCUCGCUGCAGAACUUGGCGGCCUUCGCGGAAGCCUUCCACUGCGCCCAGGGCACCCACAUGCACCCGCAAGAGCGCUGCCGCGUCUGGUAGCCAUGGGCGAGCCGCACUGCGUGGCCCACGCGCACCCGCCGCCGGAGGCCGGGCGUCCCUUCCGCGCGCCGCCGGAGCAGCGGGCGAGGCCAGCACGCAUCCCACCCCGCGCCCGGAGCGCCGCCGCGGCCCCCGGGAGAGCGGCGCAGCCGGGGCCCUCCGCGCUGGAGGUCAGGGCCGCUGCGCCCCGGCCCCGCAGACCUGUUUAACUGUCCGCAUCCGCUCUCCGAAGCAACCUUGUCAGCUGUCCAUGCGCUUCAGCCUUGAGCUAAGUAAACGCUUCAAAGAA